CAUCACGGAGGAAACGGCCAGGUUUCCACAUCUCGCCCUCAGCAAACACCGCCAGAGCUCUGCAACGAACGAGCACAAUAAGAUGAUGUCUCCUCCAUCAGCCGACAACGAAGCAAUACGUAAUAUGACGCUCAGCGACGAUUCCUCCACAACGGGCGACGAGGGCGUGGUAGAGAGCAGUGGCAGCAGCGACAGCAGCAACACAACGACCACUCCCCGAUAUCAUUACAAAGGAUGCCACACUCCACCAAAGGCCCCCAACCAAAUAUUUGCUCGCUCAGCCGAGAAAAUAGCACGCCGUAAAGGGCAUAUGCGCUGGUUGGAUAAGCACCAGGACGUGAAGUGGACAACACCACCGAUGAAAUGGCUGGGUUGGAUCGGUUUGUGAUCAAAAAGCUCCGCAACAGCGCUUGCGAGAUUAUGUGGCAGGUCUUCCCAAUGCGUAGCGAGGGAUUCUCUUCGGCCACAUACACUGGCCAAGGUGGGCUUGUUCGUGGUCCAGACGGAACCGUCAAGUUUCUGACGGCUGCCCACAACACUUGCAGCGAAAAUGAUCGAGAGGGGGUUUGGGAAGACCACUCGAGAAAGUUCCGAUGCUUCACUUUCAGAGGUCUUAGCGCUCGAAUGCUUGAAAUUCCAAGAGCUGGGUGGGAGCGAACUGAGGAAUGGAGUGCAGCGAAUGCUCACGGACUCACACGAACCGACAAGGAAGGGAAGGAGUUGACAUGGAAGUACGGUAUCGACAUUUCCCUCGGACCAGAGAUUUCGGCCUCUGAUGAGUCUGCGCAGCAGCUGCUGAAAAUCAUCAGCGUGAAGGACGUCGUGCCUGACGACUUUGUCUACACGACCGGUCUCGAAAUAGGCAUGGCAGUUUAUACAGUGGAUGGGCCGAACUACGACGAAGAAAUGAUUGUGAAUCGUGGCCAAAAAGGGUUGACAAAGGAAGUGCUGCCAGACAUAUUGGGGAAAGCGAAAGAACUGCUCAUCUUUACCGGGCGCAUUAAACGCUUCUACGAGGAUCAUUUCGAGCACGACGUCAAUGCUUUUGCAGGGUGCUCGGGUGGUCAUUUGGUUGUUUUGCAGCAUGGCCACCCCCAUUUUGGUAAGGUUCUCGGUGUCCACGUAGGCAGCAAGGUUCAAAUUGAAGACAACAUUGCAUUCAAAGUUGCUGGAGUCUUUGAUAAGUUCUAAGAAUUCACGGGCCCCACAUUAGUCUUCCUACCUAUAUAUCGUAC